GAGUUCGUCGAAAAAUAUUUGGAUCUCGUUGAAGAGAAACUAUCCAGCUUUGAAUCAUCUGCCUCUUCCGACACAAGCCUGAAGGGAUAUCAACUUCCUGAUGCUGAUCCAUCGUUUUUCAAAGCUGUUGGACAAAUGACGAAGCUGUAUAAAGAUCUAUCCGCACACAUCAAACCUGAGUCGAAACAAGGUACCUUAAUCAACCGCAUCAGCGCAAUUCAACACCAAACAAUGUGUUAUCUCGAAGAGGAAUUCAGGUACAUCCUCGAAGAGUCACGCAACGAGGAAACCGAUCAAAUACAAGAGGCUGUACAAGAGGUUGCAGAUGCUGCUGCAAAACAGGAUGCAGAUGCUGCCGCAAAAGAGGAUGCAGAUCAAUCCACUGAACCCUGUGAAGACAACGAGCCUCCUGCUGCCGAGGAUCCGAAGUUCGAGGAGUAUUCCGGGAACGUUUUGGUCAAUAUUACUAAAAUUGCAGACGAGUUGAUCGCAGGAGGACAUGAAUUGGAAUGCUGCGAGAUUUACAUGAUCACAAGGAGGCAUGUGCUUGGGGAGACAUUGAAGAAUAUUGGGUACGAGAAGAUUAGUAUAGAAGAGGCUCAAAAGACGCCAUGGGAAUCAUUGGAAAGGGACAUCCCUUCAUGGAUUCAGACCUUCAAACAAUGUGCCAAUGUGCACUUGCCCGCCGAGCGUAAGCUGGUUCAAACAAUCUUCUCCGGUUAUUCGUCGUUAUCGGAUAGCAUCAUCACCAACCUCGCACGUUGCCUGUUCCUUCAAUUCCUCGAUUUCCCUGAAGCGGUUGCAUUUUGCAAGCUUACCCCUGAGAAGCUAUUCAAGUUUCUCGACAUGUAUGAGGCCUUGCGUGAUAAUCUUUCUCCCAUCGAUAGCGUGUUUCCCAAGGAAUGUGCCCGCGAUCUCAGGAAAGAAAUCAAGGCGUGUCGUUGUAGAAUCGGCGAGGCUACGAUCUCCAUUUUCUGUGAUCUCGAGAAUGCAAUCAAAUCCGAUACAGGGAAAAUACCGGUUCCAGGUGGGGCGGUUCACCCAUUGACACGCUACAUCAUGAAUUAUCUCAAGUACGCAUGUGAGUACAAAGACACGAUAGAGCAAGUUUUCAAAGACCAUUCCAAGAUCGAAAGAGCCGAUUCGACGAGCAGGCCUCGGAAUAAUGUAAGCAGAUCGGAAAAGUACAAGAAAAACGAUGCGGGAGAAGACCGGCCACCGUUUCAAGCACAGUUGAUGAGAAUAAUUGAUUUGUUGGAGCAGUCCAUCGACUCAAAGUCGAUGCUCUACAAGGACGUUCCAUUGAGCUGCAUUUUCAUGAUGAACAACGGAAGCUACAUGUUGCAGAAGAUCAAAGGAACGCCCGAGCUCUAUGAAGUGGUGGGUGACAAUUGGUGCCGUAGUCGAUCCUUCGAUGUUCGAAACUACCACAAGGUCUACCAAAGAGAGACGUGGCUCAAGCUUCUGGGUUGUAUAAGCAACCAGGGACUGACCGUGAAAGGAAAGGUGGUGAAACCGGUGCUGAAAGAGAAAUUCAAGAACUUCAAUGCCAUGUUCGACGAAAUAUAUCGGACUCAGAGCACGUGGGUGGUGUCUGACAAGCAGCUGCAAUCGGAGCUGAGGGUGUCGAUAGCAUCGGUGGUGAUACCGGCAUACAGGUCAUUCCUGGGAAGAUACGCUGGCUACUUGGAUCCUGGAAGACAAACGGAGAAGUACAUCAAGUACCAGCCUGAUGAUAUAGAGACUUACAUUGAUGAACUGUUUGAUGGUCGAAAAAAUUAAUUAAUUAAUCCCAACAAUUCAAAUUAAUGAAAAGAAACAAAAUUAUUUUUAGCCUUGACUUUUAGUAUCAAGAAUUGGUUAGUUUUCUUUCCUGUGUUUUUAAUUCAGAGGGCAAAGCAAGCUG